AGUGUGAAACGGAGCUAGAGGGAGGCCAGCUAUCCGUGUCAAACAUAGCUCUCCCUCUUUCUCUCCCUCCCCCUUUUCCCUUCGGCUUUUUUACCCAGCCCACACACCCUCCUCUCUUUUCACACUUUGUUGGUCCCCCGUCCCGAGAACGGUCGCCACUUUGCUACUCUGAGGACCAACCCCGCCUCCCUCCCUCCCAUCCCAUCCCGUCCUGGUUGAGAGAGAACAGUAAGAUAUCGUGAAACUCGAAGAGUUCGUGGGGUUGUUUUUUUCCGGUAGGGUAUAUUGUUUUUUUGUUUUUGUUUUUUUGACCGGGAAAACGUAAACAAGUUUGAAAGGUAAUUUAACUGCGGCGUCUAGUCAUGAAGUUAGCCUGGCUGCUUCUCGCGGCUCUGUGCCUCUUCUCCUGCGGGGUCGGGAGGGUCUGUCAGGCGGAAGAAGGGCUCGAUUUUCCCGAGUACGAUGGCAAGGACCGUGUGCACGACCUCAACACCAAGAACUUCAAGGCUGUCAUGAAGAAAUAUGACGUCAUGGUCAUUCUGUACCACGAACCCGUGGAGAGCGACCGUGCCUCCCAGAAACAGUUUCAGAUGGAAGAACUCAUUUUAGAGUUAGCGGCCCAGGUUCUCGAUGACUUGGAGGAUGAAGAUAUCGGGUUCGGUCUCGUGGACUCUGAGAAAGAUGCAGCGGUUGCCAAGAAAUUGGGUAUGGAUGAGGAGGACACCAUUUACAUCUUCACAGACGAUGAGGUCAUCGAGUACGACGGGGAGCUGGCAGCUGACACUCUGGUCAAGUUCAUUCUGGACGUGAUUGAAGACCCCGUGGAGUUCAUCGAAGGGGAGCACGAGCUGCAGGCGUUCAAGAACAUUGAGGACGAGAUCAAACUGGUGGGAUACUUCAAGAAUGAGAAUUCAGAGCACUACAAAGAGUAUGAAGAUGCCGCUGAAGAGUUCCACCCGUACAUCAACUUCUUUGCCACUUUUGAAGCGAAGAUCGCUAAGAAACUGGAUCUGAAAAUGAACGAGGUUGAUUUUUACGAACCCUUCAUGGAGGAACCCAGAGUGAUCCCGGGAAAGCCGUACACAGAGGAUGAGAUUGUGGACUACAUUGAGGAUCACCAGAGGCCAACACUGAGAAAGCUGGAGCCAUACAACAUGUACGAGACCUGGGAAGAUGAUAUCGAUGGGUUCCACAUCGUCGCCUUUGCAGAAGAAGAGGACCCAGAUGGUUUUGAGUUCCUGGAGAUCCUGAAGGAAGUCGCUGAAGACAACACCGAUAACCCAGACCUGAGCAUCAUUUGGAUCGACCCCGAUGACUUCCCCCUGCUCAUUCCCUACUGGGAGAAGACCUUCGACAUCGACCUGUCUGCACCCCAGAUUGGGGUCGUCAACGUCACUGACGCUGACAGCGUGUGGUUGGAGAUGAAGGACGAUGAUGACCUGCCCUCCGCUGAAGAGCUGGAGGAUUGGAUCGAGGAUGUUCUUGACGGAGACAUCAACACCGAGGAUGAUGAUGAUGAUGAUGAUGAUGAUGAUGAUGAUGAUGACGACAGCGACGAGGACGACAGCGAUGAGGAUGAUGACAGUGAUGAAGAUGAUGACAGCGAUGAAGACGACAGCGAUGAAGAUGACGAUGACGACAGUGACGAAGAUGACGACAGUGACGAAGACGAAGAUGACGAUGAUGACGAUGAUGACGACGAUGACGAUGACGAUUAAACUCUUGUCUUUCAGAAAAUCCGCCUGUUGCCCCCCAGAAAAACAGGCUGAUUGUUUUGUCACGGUUUCUCUACAUCACUGAUCCCACCUUUCCUAUCCCCCGCCCACCGUCUGUUAUCCCAACACCCUUCAAAAGUCACCUUUGCGUCACUCUUCUACUCAAGCACUCGUCUUCUUGUAUGUAAGUCCUCCUGUCGACACACUCAACUCAAACCCGUCCGUCUUCUCGAAUAACCACUGCAUCGCAUUCUGAAACCUUCUCAAUAGUCCAGCUUUCUGACUUUCGGGAGAACUCAUCAUUUUGGACUGUCUAGUUUCUAUCCCCCUAACCCCCCCCCCC